AUGGGAUGUGGCAAAACACCCUUAUUCAAGGAGAUUGUACGUUCUAUUGAAAAUGCCGAAGAACGCUUUCCACAAUUGUAUCGGAAAAAAGAAGAUAAUGGUGCAGAUUUCGAAUCGGGUGGAAUCAUUUCAAAUGUAACAGGUUUGGGAUUAAGAAAAUUAUUGACUUCAUCCAAUAAAAACUUAUUUAUACAUGUUGAAUUUGAUGUUUUGUUCAAUAAAUAUGGUAUAUUUUAUGCAAGUGAUCAAAAAUGUGAUGAAGAACGAGUACUAUUACUCAAUGCAUUUGAUGGAUAA